AUGGUGUCAUCGCCAGUGUUGAGGAGUAUAUUACGGCACGAGGUUGCCGGAGGUAGCUUGCAAGCGAGGGGAGGAGAAGGGACAACAGGAGCAGCAGCAGGAGGAGGAGGAGGAGGAGGAAGUAAUAAGCCGAGGAGACGAGUUCAGUGGGGUGCUAUAAAUAGCAUCUACUUUACGCCAACUGAAUGGCAACAACAAGGGGAUGAGGAGAGGAAGGAGGUGAUUGAACAGCAGCGCAGAAUGCUGCGCGGCAAUGCUACCGGUAGUAAGGUACUUAUCCCAUCCAACGGCGCGCAAUCGAAAAUACCAACGUCAACCUCCAGCGAUAUUCGCCCGCGUCAGGUUUGUAUGUGCUCGCCUACUAAUCACGCCGGGUCUUUCAGAUGCAGACUACACAUUCAGAGACAACCAGCGCCUUGGCUUCGGCGACCAUCGUCAUCAUCGGGAUCGGGAUUAUCGGCAUCGGCAUCUCUGAUUGCCACGUCAGCAGCAAAGCGCGCCGCGCUGAAGUCCGCUGCGCCCUUGGCAGGAGGAGCGCAAACGCAUUAAAAAAGAAAAGAAAAGGGAGGGAAAGAAAAAUUGAGAGCGUGUACGAUUAGUCGAUUAGAUAAUUAGGAUGAGGACAUUUUAAGAACUAUACUUCGCACCCCGACUCUUCCUGAAUGUAUCUGGCCACAAUUUACGGUCAGAUGUAGGCUGUGAAUUAGUGCUAGUGUGCGAGUAUGGCCUCUUAGAUAACGGUAGGAUGCAGAUGAACGCCCUUUCUGUCGCGUGGUGACUAACACGUCACGUCCAUCCGACGAAAAACGUUUCAUAAGAACUCGCAAGAUUUCAACUCAUGUACGUACGGUCGUUGCUGAGUUGUUUCGUUUAAUGAUCUUUCAGUGGAACUUUCCACUUUCUCUCUCGAGACUUUCGUCAGCAGCAAUUCGCUCGCAGAGAUAGAGAGAGGUAGAUAGAUAGGGGGGCCCAACGAGAGAGAGAGAGAGAGAGAGAGAGAGAGAGAGAGAGAGAGAGAGAGAGAGAGAGAGAGAGAGAUUUCCUUUUUCUCUCGACACUUUCGGAAGCAAUUCGCUCACAGAGAGAGAGAGAGAGAGAGAGAGAGAGAGAGAGAGAGAGAGAGAGAGAGAGAGAGAGAGAGAGAGAGAGAGAGAG